AUGGAUUUGACAGCAUGGAAGAUUCAACAGCCUGGAGGAGAAAGAGUCAACAGGAAAACUAUAGUAGAACGACCAAUAGAUCUGAAAAACAGGAAACUAACUUUGCCAAUGAAUAGAUCUUGGCCAAACAUGAAUGCAGCAAGUAGACUGGAGUUAAACCACAGAGAAGGCAAGAGCAGAAAUAUUCCUGGAAAAACAUCUAAUUUUGAUAAACAUUUUGCAAAAGUGGGUGAGGAUGAAUCAGAACAUUCAUGCGAUGUACCUGAUGAAGAACAGUAUGCAUAUGAUACUGUAAAAACGUCCAGCUUGGAGGCAAUGCAUGCCUUGAAAAUUUUGCCUGCCAAACCUAUAAAAGAAUCCGAGUAUGCAGAUCAACGGUAUUUAGGAGAUUCAGCUACUACUCACAUUUCUAGAAACACUAAAUACUCUGUCAUCAGCCAGCCAAAGUCCUCUGACUCCCCUCGAGACUUAGGUCAAUGCAGAUAUGUUUCAGAGGAGAGCAGAGUCCCAAAUGUUAAAGGUCCUGCUGUAAAACGAAGCAUGAAGCCAAACAUACCUUUUACUGAAAUCACAAGAGAAAAAGAAAAAGUAAUUGGAUCACAGAACCCUUUGCCCCCUCCAAGGCCUCUUGAGACACUUCCAAAGCAAUAUCAGCCACUUCCCCCAGAACCAGAGGGAAGCAGCCAGCUGCCUCACACAAGGAAAAUAUUUAGUCAGGCUCACACCUUUCCAAUGUCAGCAAAGAACACCAGACACAUAUCCGUUAAGGAGUUAAAUGAAGCACAUGGAAAAGGAAGAGAUAUCAGCAGGGAAGUGGAAUUAGCUUUCCAAACAAGACAGCAAAAACCAAAAUAUCAUCCUGCAUCCAGCCCUCCUUGUAUGCUGAGUAGUAAAAGUUUUCAAGGCUCAGGAUCCAGAUUAAACAUACAAAACUGUUCAAUUGAGAGAUCACCAUCUCCAGGAAAGCACAAGCCUUCUGAAUGUAGAUCACAAGGUAUAUAUGUAAACCUGCCAACACCGCAUCUUAUGAAGCCUGGUGAAAAGGAUUUAAAUAAAUAUGACUGGUAUAGCGGAGAAUUUGAUCGUCAGAAAGCAGAAGAGGCUUUGUUGCAGGAGAACAUCGAUGAGACGUUCUUGGUCAGAGACUGUUCAACAAAAUCAAGUGCUGAACCAUAUGUUUUGGUCAUAUAUUAUGGAAACAAGGUAUACAAUAUUAAAAUACGUUUUCUGGAAGACAGCCAGCAAUAUGCAUUGGGAACAGGGCUCAGAGGAGAUGAUAAGUUUGAUUCUGUGCAAGAAAUCAUUGACUUCUACACAUGUGUUCCCAUUACACUUAUUGAUGGAAAGGAUAAGUCUGGAAUCCAGAGAGAACAAUGUUACCUAACACACCCUUUUAAGUUGAACAGAAGAUGCUUCUUACCCUAA